AUGGAUCCGUUACGAUUGGUCAUCUGUGGCGACUCAAAGUUGUUGAUUCCGGAGAUUGACUGCAAGCCACCCGGAUUGACAUUGUUCAGACAGAAUGUGUUGGACAGGCUGCAGAUCCGUUCGGAUCAUGAGUUGGUACAUGUGAAGUGGGACUGGAAUGGAAGUACAGAUAGUCUGACUAGUGCUGCACUGCAGCGACAAUGUGGAGCCGAGAUCGAAACCGAUACUGAGGUCCAAGAUCUGAUCACGUUCAAGCGACUGGAAGAUAAAUUCGCGGUGAAAACCGAAGAUGCGACAGUGCAGAUCUCGGCCAUCAAAGAUAAGAUCUGGCGUGAGAUCAGGAUCCAACCUCCCCCUGUAUUGUGCGAGGAAGUGAUCAGAGAGCUCAGGAUCGAGCGGAUACGACAGGCACAGGACGAGGAGGCGUGGAUCCAUUGUCUGAAGAAAUAUCUGGCUGACGAAUGGAUCAGCACGAUCUCCUUUUCUACGACCCUGCUACGCAAGAAUCAGCUGUGGAUCGGGACAAACGGAUGCGACAGGUGCUACCAGAAACGUUGCAUCAAGAUGUUCUACAUCAUUAUCACACGAGUAUUCAAGGUGGACAUCAGGGGAUCGGCUGUCCUUACGAUCGAAUCCGGGAUCACUUUCACUGGAGAGGAUAGUACCGCAUUGUACAAAGAUAUGUCGGCGAAUACGGGAAAAGGGCGACCGCGGACUCAAGGCGGAUCGUCGGGCAGUCUUCAAGCGCCUUAUCCAUUCCAGAUCAUCGCUAGGGAUCACAUCCUCUCAUUGCCUAGAUGUAACACCGAGCUGUUGAUCUUCGGGGAUCUUUUCUCUGGUUACGUGAUCGCCAAAGCGAACGGAUCCAGGACGGCUCAUACAAUGGUAGAGUCCUCUAAGGAAUAUGUGUUCCGCCGAUUUGGUGUCAGCGAGGUGAUCCGCCAUGAUCGUGAAUCUGGUUUUAUGUCCAAUUUCUUUCGCGCGUUUAACAAGAUCCUGGGUCAGCAUCAACGUGCAACAAUAGCAUAUAGGCCCCAGGCGAACGGGUCCGCUGAAAGAAUGGUGCCGACCAGCACAAGGGCACUUAAAAUAUAUGUUCAAGAUUAG